AUGGUACAGCUACAUAAUCGAACUGAUGUAGCGAAAUUAGCAUUUGAUGAAGCUGUUGCUGAACUUGAUCGACAAAAAGCAGAAAAUGAUAGACGCUAUCAAAUAAAAUAUGAAAAAUUAAGGGAAGAACGACGACAAUGGGAUGAAGAACAAGCAGCAAUGGAAAGAUUAGUAGCGACAGCAAGUAGUAUUGUUCAUUUAAAUGUUGGUGGUGAAAGAAUAAGUACCACAAGAAGUACAUUGACUGCUGCUGAAGGAUCCUUACUAGCUGCGAUGUUUUCAGGCAGAAUGGAUCAUAAAUUGUCAAAGGAUACAAGUGGAUGCAUAUUUCUCGAUUAUGAUCCAGUUUUAUUUAAAUGCCUUUUAAAUCAACUUCGUACUUGGACCGAUCCAAGUGUAAGACGUGCUAUUCGUCCACUAGCGGGUUCUGAACAAGCAUUUUUCGAUUUACUUUAUUUAUUAAAAAUUGAUGAACGAUUUAUUGAUCGUGAUAGAAGUGCUAUUACAGGAAGUACCGCUAUUGGUUCUCCUACUAUGUGGCAACCAGAAACAUCAUCUAAAGGACGACAAUCGGAUCAAGCGCUACGCUUUUGGACAACGAAUACUUCUGAUGUACAAUUGAGUGAUGAUGAUCACAGAUGUGAAAAGAUUAGUCAUGAUGUUUAUCAAUGUGUAUUUGGUACACAGACUUAUUCGAAUGGUAUUCAUAGAAUUCGUUUAAAAUUAGAAGAAGGCACUACUAAUGUUUUCAUGGGUAUUUGUUCGUAUAGUAAAACAGUAGCAGGUCAAGUAUAUUAUAAUACACCUUCUGUACAUGGAUGGUUCGUACAUGGUUAUAUUGUAAUAAAUGGUCGAGAUCCUCAACCAGGAUGGUCUCAAGUCAAUGAAAAUGAUAUUGUAGAAAUAACAAUCAAUUGUGAACGACAAACAUUACGUAUUUAUAAUGAAAGAAGUGGAGCAAAAAGUUCUAUGGAAGUUAACAGUUAUGAAGCACCUUUACCAUGGUGUCUUCUUGUUCUUUUUAAUUUAAAACAUAGUCGAGUGUCUAUCGUAUAA